UUUUUUCCAUUCAUUUUUUAAUAUUAUCAACAACGUCAAACCUACAAAAGAUAUGAUCCAGUCUGUACUUAUAUUUAACCAGCUAGGAAAACCGCGCCUUGUUAAAUUCUAUGAGCCUUUGGACGCGUCCAUUCAACAGACCCUCGUGCGCGAAAUCCAUACCCUCGUGUCCAAACGCCCCGACACCCUGUGCAAUUUUCUUGAAUCAAGCCAAUCAGUCAAUGGCGCGCGCAUAAUUUAUCGGCACUACGCCACACUCUUUUUCGUUUUUCUUGUCGACUCUUCCGAAAGCGAGCUGGGAAUACUGGAUUUGAUACAGGUGUUUGUGGAGGCCCUGGAUAGGGUUUUUGAGAAUGUGUGCGAGCUGGACUUGAUUUUCCAUUUCGAUGAGAUACACUAUGUUUUGGCCGAGGUUGUGUCGGCCGGGAUGGUAGUGGAGACCAAUUUGAAGGAGAUUUCGAGGGCGGUAACCGAGGCUAAGCGGAUGGCCAAGCCUGUGCAAGAAGGAUCAAGGCUGGGCAUUGGAGCGCUCAGACGUGGAUUCACUUGACGGUUACGUUUUUUAUUUUACUGUCUCACGUACUCGAUUUAAACACAUAGUAUAUCAAACGGUCGGCUAAUUCACAAUUACUAGCUCUUGAUAUCAAGGCUAAUACGCCAAAGAAAAUAAUGAGACUACAAAUAUGAAACAACUGUAUUUUAUUGCCCUUUUAUGCUUUCAGCCACAAGCACCAACAGCGCGCACCCACUCUUGUCCAU